UUGGAUCUUGGGUGUGGUAUAAUUUGAUGGUUAUCUGUCACCUACGUCAAAUACGGCGGUGGAAUUCAAACAAUACAAAAAUUGGCAUCACCAAAUCAGUCACUGUCCCUCAAGAUGCCGAUUCCCGUCCCUAUAUAGCCAUGGAAGUAUGAAUGUGUACUGUCAUAUCCAGGUCGAGAGAAGGUUCAAAGGCAUCCAAUGGCGACCUGUAUUAGCCUCUCAUGGCUUCUCCAUCUGCUUGUCUUUGGCGCUGCCAUGCUUCCUUUUACUCAUGGAAAUCAACUAUAUUCCAAUUUCCGAGUCAAAGCAGUUAAUCUGGGCGGCUGGCUCGUUACCGAGGGUUGGAUCAAGCCUUCUCUCUUUGACGCCAUUCCCAAUAAGGACUUCUUGGACGGAGCUGGUCUUCACUUCAAGUCUGUGACAACCAAGAAAUACCUUUGUGCCGAGUCUGGGGGAGGAACAAUCAUAGUGGCAAACCGCACGACCGCUUCUGGCUGGGAAACAUUUAGCCUGUGGAGGAUAGACGAGACCACUUUCCGAUUCAGGGUAUUCAACAAACAAUUCGUGGGAUUAGACGGGAUUAAGGUGGUUGCGUUGGUCAACAUUUCCACUGAUUCGGAGACGUUUCAUAUUAUCAGGAAAAGCAAUGAUUCUGACCGCGUUCGAAUCAAAACAUCCAAUGGAUUCUUCUUGCAGGCGAAGACAGAGGAGCUGGUGACAGCCGAUGUUUCGGAGGUCAACGGUUGGGGAGAUGAUGACCCUACCGUUUUUUUGUUGACAAUCUCUAAGAGGAUGCAAGGAGAAUUCCAAGUCACGAAUGGCUAUGGCCCCCACAAAGCCCCCCAAGUUAUGAAGGAACACUGGAGCACCUUCAUCGUGGAAGAUGACUUUGAGUUCAUAGUGAAAAGUAACUUGAAUGCGGUAAGAAUACCCGUGGGUUGGUGGAUAGCAAGCGAACCAGCUCCACCUCCCCCUUACGUUGGAGGUUCCUUGCAAGCACUGGACAAUGCCUUCUCAUGGGCACAGAAAUAUGGAGUUAAAAUUAUAAUUGAUCUUCAUGCAGCACCGGGCUCUCAAAAUGGUUUUGAACACAGCUCUUCUAGAGACGGCUCUCAAGAAUGGGGAAAAACAGACGACAACAUUCAACAGACGGUUCGUGUCAUUGACUUCCUAACCGCAAGGUAUGCCAAAAGCUCAAGCCUAUAUGCGGUGGAGCUAAUAAACGAGCCUCGAGCACCGGGCGUUACAUUGGAGAGGCUAAGCAAGUACUACAAGGCUGGGUAUGAAGCUGUACGCAAGUACUCUCCAACGGCCUAUGUGGUUCUUUCGAACAGGCUAGGACCUUCUCAGCCUCGGGAGCUUUUCCCUCUGGCCAGUGGCCUCAUGGGAUCUGUGAUUGAUGUCCAUUACUAUAACCUCUUCUCUGAUGUUUUUGAUAACAUGACCGUCCAACACAACAUUGACUUUGUCAGGGUCAACCGCUCUUUGGCGCUGAGUCAUAUUACCAGCUCAAACGGGCCUCUUACGUUUGUAGGUGAAUGGGUUGCUGAAUGGCAAGUGAAGAAUGCAACAAAAGAAGAUUACCAAAGAUUUGCAAAGGCCCAAUUAGAGGUAUAUGGGCGAGCAACAUUUGGGUGGGCUUACUGGACUCUUAAGAACGUGAACAAGCAUUGGAGUCUGGAAUGGAUGAUCAAGAGUGGUUAUAUUAUGCCCUAGGUUUCCCUUUCAGACCUGCUCUAAUCUUCCAAUAAUGACUAUCUAGGCCAUACUUUGUCAAGCUUCGUAACCUUUUGGUUCUUUAUCCCAAAAUCGAUAGUCUCAGAUCAUUGGCAGCCUAUCGGUUAUCAAUCAUGUACGCCGGAAUUUCAUUCGUGAGGUGCUUCGAUGGGGGGAGGGAAAAAAUCUAUUCAAGGAAAAAGUUUUAUGCUCGAUGAACCAAAUACGCGUCAUUUGUUCCUUUAAUUACUUUGUUGCCCAGCUUUC